AUGUCGGACCUAUCUGGGUCACGCUCUCCCAUCCCUCCUCCCCCCCCACCACCCACCAAGUACUCACAUCGGGCUGCCAACGCGUUCGCCCGCUUCGCCCAGCCCUUCUUCUCCGGGUCGAGACCCCCCAGUCCGCAAAAUAGCCGGGUCGAUGGCCCCCGGCCGAUCAGGUCCAAAUCACUGCCUGGUGAACCGCAGACCGUCACCCACCGGACCGGCAUCCCUAUUACUGCUCUAGAUAUCUCGCCCCAGAGAACGCACGCGGUCAUCGGAGGCAAGGAGAUACUCAAAACCAUCCGAGUUUCACCAGAUCAUUCCUCGGAGGAAUUCAAUAUUCGCAAUGCGGUCAUCAGCUAUGCGUCCACUCAUCACGAGUCCGGCGCAUCGAUGCCGCACAAGGACCAGUUGAACGUGAGGGAUGUCAAGUGGUCACAUGGCAAUUACGACCGGAUAAUCGCAACGGCGGUCGCCAAUGGUCGGAUUGUCGUCUACGACCUGCAGCGGCCCGGCCUCCAAUUAUGUCGCUUCCAGGGCCACAAUCGCCAGGUUCACAAACUUGCCUUUAACCCUCAUCUCGCAUCGUGGUUGUUGUCCGGCAGUCAAGAUGGCUCGAUUCGAAUGUGGGAUCUGCGUUCCGCUUCCGCGAAUCGGAGCCCUUCCACGUGCGGCAGCAAGCAUGUAUAUCAGGGCAACAGUGAUGCGAUCCGGGACGUCCGGUGGUCUCCCACUGACGGUGUCGUGUUUGCGACCGCCUCGGACAGCGGCGCCAUCCAGAUGUGGGAUUCGCGUAAAACCAACGCCCCCCUGUUACGUCUUGCGGCUCAUGAGCGGCCUUGUUUCGCCGUUGACUGGCACCCGGACGGGAAACACAUCGUGAGCGGAGGCACAGACCGGCUGGUCAAGGUCUGGGAUUUUUCGCCUUCUGCAGAGCGACGGCAGAAACCUGCGUUCGUGUUCCGAACUCCCCAGGCCAUCACCAAUGUUCGGUGGCGGCCGCCGUCAUGGGUGGGUGACUCCCCCAGUUCGGGUCAGUGGCAGUCAUCCCAGGUCGUCACCACCUAUGAUAAAGAGGAUCCUCGGAUUCAUCUCUGGGAUCUUAGACGACCCCAUAUCCCCUUUCGUGAGUUUGAUCGGUACGAUGUGCCGGCAAGCGAUCUGCUCUGGCAUUCUAAGGAUCUACUCUGGACGGUUGGCGAGGCCGGGGCAUUCACUCAGACCGAUGUCCGCUAUGCUCCAGCUGUGAUUAACCGCCGGCCCAUGUGCGCCGUUGCCUGGAGUCCCAAUGGAGAAUUCGUAGCAUUCGCCCAGCCACGACCCAGACGACGUGCUUUGGGGCCAAAUGCCUCAGAGUUCCUCCGGGUGGACGAAGACCGGAGUAGUACUGGUGAUAAGUCCCUUAGCCAAAGCCCAGCCGACGAUAUCCUCGAUGAAGUGGUCCUAGCUUCGUCGUUCCGGCCGCGACAGACCAAGUCGACGACUAUCCGACCAUCAAAAUCCUUGGGUAGCACCCCGCCUGGUGGAAUUGAUAUCAUUCCGGUUUUACCACUGGAUGAAGCCCUGGCCAAGAUUGCUCUCCCUACUUCUAGUCAGUUGGGAGCAACCGGGGCUAUACCCGGUGCUACCAACGAUGCGUCUGUGUUCCGGUUCUUGGCAAGCCAUUACUCACCGUUGAUGGAUGAAAAUGCUCAAACGCGAAGUUACGCCGAAGUUCUAGGUUCAUUGAUGGAUUCCCUCGACCAGAACGCUGAAUGUGCAGACAACUUGUCCCUGACAAAGCUGGCACAGACGUGGCGGAUUGUGAAAUUUGCCAUCCUCCAAGAACUCCAACGAAGGUCAAGGGAGAAUGUAACUGGCAAGGAAGGGCCCAAAGGCAAAGCUUCCAAGGAUGGCUUGUUGUCAGAUAAACUGCGUGUCGCGGAGGAGGGUCGCUCGGGCAAGGUGAAGAGCAGGUUGUUUAAGGGAGUCAUGGAGACCGAGGGUCCAAGAGGGCUUAUCCACGAAGCCGAGAGCACGUCGAACAUGACCACGCCACUUGCGCAGCCCUUGCCUGAUUCCCCGCAGGAGUCUUGGGGAAGUAGCACAGACUCGCAGAUUCCCUCGGUCAACGAGAAUGCGAUCGAUCUUGAUCCCCUUCCACCCUCGGUUCUGAGCUCGCAAAAUGGCUGGAGUAUGUCGUCAGAUGUAUCCGAAGUUCGUUCUAUUCACCAUCCCUUGCGCUUGACCCAGGAGCAAUCAGCAUCGAGCAAUGAUACCCAUAUGUCCACGGCUGCUCUGCCUCAGCGAUUGCGGGAUCCAUUGCAGCUGGAUCUCGAUGAUGAGCAGAGAUCAGCACCUCGGGCGAUUGCUGGCCGAUCUGACUGGCGCACUCGCAGUCACCCAGACUUUCCUCCAGGGGCUUCUGAGGAUGAUUACGACCAAAAGCUGGAAGAUAAGCGGGCUGCCAUUAGUAAUUACAAACAGACCCCGAAGAAGGUCUUGACGCUGGAGUCUCCAAUGGAGUCUCAUCGUCCUCCUAUUGACCGCUACAAUCGGCACGAUUCUACCGAAAGUUUCCCCAUGUUCUCUGCGUCCACAGACAGUUCUCAUCCUUCCAAGUCAGUCGCAGCGUCAUACUCGUCGAAUAGGCGGCUUUCAGAUGCUCGCAUGUCGGAUGGUGGCCAGGCUGGCUCAUAUACUACGGGUCGACUUGCUACGGCUGCACGGCGAGAAUCCAAUCUGGAACCCUCCCUAGAGGAACCAGAGGAUGAUUUGGAUCUUGAAGAGUCGAUUCUUGAAUCUGAUCAAGAAGUCCAUCUCGAACGACCCUCGACCCCACCUCCAUUGCUUAAAGAAUCAACUCCGCUUGAGCAGCCAGGCUCGGAGAAUGGGUUGAACCCCUCUUCUGCCAAUGAGGUUGCCCGUUUGUCAGCCUACCCGGGGAUAGCAGGCAUCUACGAAGACCUAUCUCAGGUCAAGAUCCCUCUUAUUCCGGACGCAACAGAUCUCACGCCAUGGAGCAUAGAGGCUCUCAUGAAAGAAGCAGUUCGAUACUAUCACAGUACCAGCAGCUCUGUCGAUAUUCAAACAGCCGCACACCUACUUCAGAAACUGCAUGUCCUCUUCCAGGAUUGCGAGGAUAUCCUCCCAUACGAGGAGUGUGAACUAGUUCUCAAAGCCUACAACGAACAACUUAUUAGACACUCGAUGGACUUGGAAGCUGCAGAGCUCCGUCUAUCUUGCGUGCCGAACUAUCCCGGCGUCUACGACUACGCCCAAGCAGAUACCUUUAUCAAUGUCUUUUGCUACACAUGCCAACGACCCUUUGAAAACCCUCGCCGCGACAACACCCGCUGCCACCGCUGCAACACACCUCAAGCACCCUGCUCGAUAUGUAUGAGCCUCGAUCCACCCCCAGAAUGGGUCGCCGCACAGCGUGACACGCCCUCUUCUCCUAGCCACACAAGCCCGGACUUGGACGCUGAAACAGUAUCCCGCCUUUCAGACCAAUCCGCAGCAACAGAGCCCGUUCCAACAUCUGAGCUCGACUGCUUCACAACACCCAGACCUAAAGGUGCCUCGCUAUGGAGCUGGUGCCAAGGCUGCGGUCACGGCGGCCAUGUGGCCUGCAUGUCAACAUGGCUGGGCGACUUGUCCAUGAGCGAAGGCGGCUGCGCUACUCCAGGCUGCUCACACGACUGCGGCCCCGGCCCGCGCCGCGAACUCAACCGGCAGAUGCUCAUGGUCGAGACCAAACGCCGCGACUCGGUCAGUCGCUCUGCAGGCGUCGGCGUCGUGAAGCACGAUCCGUGGACCAAGGGCGAGAGCAAGGCCGUGCAGAAGGUGCGCGGAAUGCUAGGCGCUGCGGGCGUUGCGGCCGCGACUGGCGGUGGAGGCGCUGGCGCUGGUCAAGCAUCUGGGGCGGUGUCGCCGAAGAAAGUGCGGCUUGUUACCCCUGUUGAGCAGGGUCGGCGAAAGGGUGCGGCUAGUCGGUCUGGUACUGCGCCAGAGUAG